AUGACCAUCGACAUUGAUACCCAUAUAUACGCAGCGGCCGACAACCACCAGUAUCGCACUGACGGGCUCCUCGUGGCGAACCCUAACGGUACCCAUCCGAUCCACGAGCUCAUCGAGAAAGCGGAACACAAAUGGGACACGAUGUUGAAGCGCCAGAGCCGUUCUCUCCAAGAGGCGGUGUUGGAGUAUAAACGGCGCUACGGGCGUCUCCCUCCGAAGGGUUUUGACCACUGGUGGGAUUACGUCCAGGCCAACAACGUCAUGCUCCCCGACGAGUACGACCAGAUAGACCGCGACCUCGCGCACUUCUGGGCGAUCUCUCCCAAGCAGCUCCGUGCCGCGCAGGCCGCGCACGAGGCUCACAAGGAGACGUACACGAUCGGCAAGAACAGGCACGGGUACAUCGACAUCCUCAAAACGAGCUUCCACGAGAACACGAAUCAUGAUCUGUACCUCGAUGGCGCGUUCCAGAUGAUGGAGGUCCUUGAACCCAUCGAGGAGUUCAUCCCGCCUUUCCGCGCCGUCUUCAGCCCGCACGAUGGCCCGAAUUUGUUGUCGAACUGGCAGAUGAAGGAGGAGGCUCGCAAGGCCGUCGCUCAAGGCAAAUACUUGGACCUUAACCAUCUCCCUUCUUUGGAGAACGUCGGCUGGUUCACGGCGUGUCCGCCCACCUCACCCGCGCGUAAGGGCCCGCCCCGGACCGGGAAUCAAUCACGGCUCCCCCCGAACCUCGCCAUCCCGAACCGCAACCGGACGUUCAUUCAUAGCCACAUCAAGGCCAUGGAUCCCUGCCUUCACCCUUCCAUUGUCGACACCCACGGCGAGUUCCUGCCUCACCCCAUCGGCCCCCCUCUGCCGGACAUCGUCUUCGCGCCCCAGUUUAGCUACAGCUCGUCCUUGCUCCACGGCGACAUUCGCCCCGCGACGCCGUUCAACUGGAUUGAGGACCUCGGCGAGAACGACCUGACGUGGGACCAGAAGGAGGCGACGGAGGAAGGGCGCCAGGGUCGACUUCUCUGGCGCGGGAGCAACACCGGCGUGUACUGCUCAGAUGAGGAGCGAUGCUACCAGUCCCAGAGACAGCGCCUCGUCGCCCUCAGCGAGAACCGGACCGGCACCGUCGCACUCCUGCGCGAGCCGCCAGCGACGUCCCGCACCAGCCGACUCUGGAAGGAGACCCGCAGGAUCGCCGCCGAUGACCACGCGCACUGGAACGUUACACAGGUCUCGCGGUCGACCAUCGACGACUCUAUGAUGGACGUGCAUUUCUCCGGCAGCCCGAUGCAGUGCGAUAAGGAGAUGUGCGACGAGCUUGACCAGAAGUUCGACUGGCGCGGCAGCAUGAGCUUGAAGGAGGCGAGCCGGUACAAAUACGUCAUGGACGUCGAUGGCAAUGGCUGGUCGUCGAGGUUCAAGCGACUGAUCACUAGCAACGCGAUGGUUUUGAAGUCGUCCGUCUACCCCGAGUGGUUCACCGAGCGCAUUGUGCCCUGGGUACAUUACGUUCCGGUCCAAAACGACUACUCCGACUUACUCGACAUCAUGGCCUUCUUCCGUGGCGGCGUGAACGGCGACGCUGGCCACGAUGAGCUCGCGCGCAAGAUCGCCGAUGCCGGCAAAGUCUGGAGCCAAACCAUGUGGAGACGGGAGGACGUGACGGCGUACAUGUUCAGGUUGAUGCUCGAAUAUGCGCGACUGAUGAGCAACAAUCGCGCUGAGAUGUCUUAUGGGGCCUUGGUUUGAUACGAUCUUGCACAUAACAAAAUGUAUAUUU